CUUAUGACAUGUUAAAACACAGCUUUUGAUUUGUGAAACCUUUACUCUACGUCCUGAUUGUGAUGCUGCCAGAGGCCAUGGUACAGGCUUUGGCAAAAGUGAGGAGACUAACAUUGGCAGAAGCAGUGAGAGAGGUUGACCAUGGCCAAUUAAAAAAGGAAAGAUGUCCCGAGAACAGCUGGUAGUACAACGAGCCAGGAAGUCCUUCCAGACAGGAAAAACUAAACCUCUGGAGUACAGGAUCCACCAGCUGAAGAGCCUGCUGCGCUUCAUCUCAGAGAGACGGAGGGACAUCGCAGAUGCUGUCAAAAGAGACCUUGGCAAGAGUGAACAUGGGACGGAGCUGUUUGAGACUCUGGGACUGGAGGGAGAGAUCAACCUGGCUAUAGAGAAUCUGGCAGAGUGGGCUGCUCCUCGGCCCGUAGAGAAGAACCUCCUCACCAUAUCAGAUGAGGUUUAUGUGCAGCCGGAGCCUCUGGGAGUGGUGCUCAUCAUCGGAGCCUGGAACUACCCCUGGGCUGUCACCCUGCAGCCGCUGGUGGGAGCUAUUGCUGCUGGUAAUGCAGGAGUAAUAAAGCCAUCUGAGGUCAGCUCUCACUCAGCCAAGGUCAUGGAGGAACUUCUUCCUCUGUAUCUGGACAAAGAUCUGUACCCUGUUGUGACAGGUGGAGUGUCAGAGACCCAGGAGCUGCUGAAGCACAGAUUUGACCACAUUUUCUACACAGGAAGUAGCGUAGUGGGUAAACUGGUGAUGGAGGCUGCUGCUCGCCACCUCACCCCAGUGACGCUGGAGCUGGGAGGGAAGAGCCCCUGCUACAUCGACAAGAACUGUGACAUCACUGUCGCCUGUCGUCGUAUCACAUGGGGAAAGUUUGUCAACUGCGGUCAGACAUGCAUCGCUCCAGACUAUGUUCUGUGUGAACCCUCCAUCCAGAGCCAAGUAGUGCAGGAGAUCAAGAAGAGUAUCAAGGAGUUUUACACAGAUAAUCCAAAGAACUUUGAUGACUAUGGACGCAUCAUCAACCAGCGGCACUAUAAAAGGGUCAUUGCUCUCAUGGAAGGGUGCACCGUCGCUGUAGGUGGAGACAGCGAUGAAUCUCAGUGCUACAUAGCUCCCACUGUGUUGAAGGAUGUGACGAGUGAAUCCAAAGUGAUGAAGGAGGAGAUCUUUGGGCCUCUGCUGCCCAUCAUCACAGUGAGCGGUGUAGAGGAGGCCAUUCAGUUUAUUAAUGAGAGAGAGAAACCGCUAGUUGUGUAUGUCUUCUCCCAUGACAAAAAGCUGAUCAAAAGGGUGAUAGCUGAGACGUCCAGUGGAGCUCUGCUGGCUAACGACUGUCUGGUCCACUUCACUGUUAGUGCUCUGCCCUUUGGAGGAGUUGGUAACAGUGGUAUGGGCUGCUACCACGGCCGGCACAGCUUUGACCAGCUCAGCCACCUGCGCAGUUGUCUGAUCAAGCAGCUGAAAAUGGAGGGAGUCAACAGCAUGCGUUACCCGCCUCACACCGCCAAGAAGCUGGGCUGGGCUCGAUUCUUGCUGCUAAAGCAGGUCAACUUGGGCAGACUGCGCCGCAUGGUGCUGCUAGCCAUUUUUGCUGGUUUAGCAGCGUUUAUUGUGCAGAGGUUCCUGCAAUGAAGCUGUGGAGCAGAAACUGGCAGCCUGUGUUGAACACCGCUCUGGUGCAGAUCCUGGGACAGCCACACAGACUCCUGCCCUGUAGUGAAAUGUAGCACUCCUAUAAUUGACUGGUCCAUGUCAUUGCAUUUCUAUAUUAUAUCAGGUCAUGUAACUGAUUGAAAGCCUUUAAAAAUAUGUUUUUCUAAUCUCCUCUCUGUUACAGUUUAAGGUGCUAAAGAAGAUUUUAUUGUAUUAUAUAAAUAUAGUCUGUAAUAAUUUUAUUUAACCUGGCAAAGAUUUUAAGUUCAGAUUCUAAAAAUGAUAAAACAUUCAUAAGAAUGAUUUUACUACGCUCCAAAAACUGUAAAAAAUUUUACACACUUUAAACUAGCUUCUACAUCACAGUGAAUAUCAUGACUGCUUAUAAUGAUGCCAUUUCUUAUCUCUGAUUUACAUUACAGUUUAAUUAAUGAUAAUAUUGUGAUGCACACUUUCUGCAAUAAAACCUCAAGAAAAAGUUUA